AUGAUAUCAUUACACAUUGAGAACAAUAAUAUACAAUCUCUCUACUCGGAUAUAUCAGCAGACAGAUCGGACUGGAGAAGGAAUGUCCUGGAGAAGAAUGCACAGAUAAAUAACUUGUGCGAGAGGAUAUACCCUUUGGACAGAGGCGUCGUGUUUGGAAAGCAGUUUGCUCCAGGCAAGAAUGACGUCAAGCAGACCCUGGACCGCAAGGCAGUAAUCGAGCUGAUCCUCCACCAUCUCUCAACAAAGGGUCUGAAGCAGACCCGACAGACACUCGAGAAGGAAUCCAAGGUCACCACGCCCACUACCGACCAGCUCAACGAGAGCAGGCUGGUGACAUUUGUGCGCAAUGCAUUGCGUGACACUGACAGGAUCUAUGACUUCUCGAUCGACCACGCCGAGUACUCGGCCGAGGAGCGCCAGGUCAAGAGCAAUGAACGCGAUGACCUACUCUACUCGAUGGACUUGCUCGAGGAUGAGUAUGAGGAUGACGGCGUCAACAUAUGGGAUGAGCCACCCGAGAACAUUGUCGUGGAGACUACACGCAAUGCUGAGGAUGACCAGGACGAGGAGGUGGUCAAGUGGGGCACACUCAACAAACUGGUGGAGACACUGACACAUGGCUCCAAGGUGGACCAACAAUUCCUCAAGACCUUCAUGAUGACCUACCAGUCGUUCUGCUCACCGGAGAAGUUGCUAGGCAAGCUGGAGCAACGCUACAAUGUGCCAAAGUUUAUAAAGUCCAGCGGCGGUGCCGACGCUGGCACCAGCGAGGAGGGCGCCAUUAAGGCCAUCCAGCUCAAAGUGAUCAACGUGCUCAAGAAGUGGCUGGACGAGUACUUCUCGGACUUUGACGACAAGCUGAUCCAGUCUCUGCGCAACUUUAUCGAGGUGAUCACACUCAAGCAUCCAGGCCCGGCUGCAGCGCUCAUGAAGUCUCUGACAAAGGUGGAGAAGCAGCCUGCCAGCAAGCUCAAGUUCAACGACAAGACUCCCGAGCCAAUCGUACCGCGCAACAUCUUCUCGCAGAACCUCUCCAUCUACGACAUUGACGAGGAGGAGAUCGCACGCCAGAUGACGCUGAUCGAGUUUGAGAUAUACAAGCGCAUCAAGCCACCCGAGUUGCUCAAUCAGUCAUGGAACAAGGUCAAGUUGAAGCAUCGUGCACCCAACGUGCUCAAGAUGAUCGAUCGCUUCAACAACGUGUCGAUGUGGGUGGCCACAAUGAUCAUCGAGACGCCCAAGGUCAAGGCUCGAGCCAGGAUGAUGACACGCUUCAUCAAGAUUGCCGACCACCUCCGUCUGAUGAACAACUUCAACUCACUGAUGGCCAUCAUUGCCGGCCUCAACUUCUCCUCAGUCUACAGACUCAAGUUCACUCGCGCCGAGCUCUCUGCGCAGACGCAACGUAUGUACGACGACCUGGAGAAGAUCAUGAACUCUGAGAGCUCGUUUAAGAACUACCGUACGCGACUGGCGGCGUCUCGUCCGCCCCUGCUGCCUUACCUCGGUGUGCACUUGACCGAUCUGACAUUCAUGGAGGAGAACCCGGACAUUGUCAACAUCGAAGUGGCGCCCAACCACCACGUCGACCUGAUCAACUUCACCAAGCGCAUGCUCGUCUUCAAGGUCAUCUCAUUGGUGCAGCAGUAUCAGCAGCAAUCGUACAACCUGCAGCCAGUGCACCAGAUCCAAGAGUUCCUGUUGAGCAUUAACGACUACAAGGGCGAGAGUCUGGAUCACUACCAGCAGCAUCUACAUCGCGAAUCACUGCGCCGAGAGCCUCGAAAGGCGCAGAAGUCAGACAUUGCCUAA